GGUUGUGUGCGCGUGUUGUUGGUAGCGUCGAGACUCUGUGAAGCGAUUUAGCCGCGUCUUUCGCGUUUUGUUCUGCCGCCAUGCAUAAUUAAAUAAAAAAGAGUUUUAAUAUACGCGAUUGGGCUAAAAAUACACACAGAAUAGUGCGGAAAUUAAAUGUUGUUUAAUGUGUCUGCUCAGACAACGAAAGAGGUGCACAAAUAUCCAUUUUAAUAAGUACGAGUAUAUUGAAGGCAGCAACAACAAAAGCAACAAGUGCUGUGUUGGAGAGCGCGCGGGAUACGAAAUGAAAUGCAAAGUGCAAAUCGCUAAAGUUGUAAUUACAAAUAAUUGAAAAUUGAUACAAGAAAGCUGAAGAAAGAGGAAAAAUUAAUAAUAGAUAUUAAAAAAUUGUGUAAAUUAAAAAGAAAGUGUCAAAACGGCACUUUUGUAUUCAACAUGUUGGUGUUUUUGUUUAUUGUUUUCGAUCAAUAAUAAUGCGGAAACGCUUGGAGCAGCUGAAAGGCUAAAAAGAGAACCGUAGAUGCCAAAGAAAGAGACGCUCCAGCAUUAAUGAUAAAUAAUAAAUAUUUGCGAAAGUGCUAUUUGAAAAAUCGCCAAGUUGAAGUCAUUAAACAAAGCGCUGAAUCGCUAAAAACUGAAACAGCAAAAAAUUUCCACAGCCAAAAGGUCAGCAUCGUGCACAUUAUGGCACUGCCCGAAGUUUAUUGAAAUGUUAAAUUGCAAAACGUGAAGAAACGUGAAGCAAGCUUUAAACAAAAACAAAAAUCGUUGCACUUACAAGCAAAUUACGAAGUAGCCGCAAAAAAAACAAAAACAAAAAUACGAAAAGCUUAAAAUGGGCACAUGAAAACAACAACAAAAACAACCAUGAGACAAGCUAUAAUAACGACGACAACAACAACGAGAACUGCAGCUUAAACAAAACAAAGCACAGCACAUCAACAACAACAACAACAGAACGCAUUUUUAAACGCUCAGCGACAUUGAAAUAAAAACGAAACACGAAACAAGAAUUAACUUGUUCACGUAGCCAACCACCCACCAACCACCCACCCAACACUCGAACCACGACACGUGCGCGCGCAUGCCCAGCAGACAGACGAAAGGGACGGAAGCAUGAGGGCAACUAAAACGCUCAACUCAUGGCUGCCCAUAGCUGUGGGCGCCUGCGUGCUGCUCGCCUGCAUCGCGCCGACGUGCCGUGCACGUUUCAUUGCGAAAAGAGAAACCAGUCAUGAAAUGGCCACCACGCCUGACCCUGACACGCUUGUCACCAGCACCUAUAGCCCCACCAGCACCACAAAGUUGCCAAAGUCCAGUGAAAGUGCGGUGGAAGGAACAGUGACAGUAUCAACAACCCCCGAAAUUGCUACGUCCGUGGAUCACAAGCUGGACUUGGAGCUGACAGCAACAGCAGCCAGCUCCACCACUGACGGCACUUCGACUGCCACAGAACAAGUAGCAUUCCAGGGAGGAACAACAAGAAUAGUGGCAGUGGUGGCGGAACCAGGCAACAACACCAGAGAUCAGAAAGUGGCCGGACGAGCCCUGCAUGAUGCCACCACAGAGUCCAGCAGUUCCCCAAUGCCUCCCAAACUUGCUGUCACGCCCAUGAAAUUGCAUGCGCUCAUCACAACAACAACAACACCCACUCCAUCAACAACAAAGGCAACAACUCUAGGCGCCCAACCCACAAUUUCAGCCUCGCACGAGAAUAGUAUUGAUGAGUCAGCAGUGAGCAAUAAUGGGAUGCGUCUACUGCCAGAAAAACGAGGUAAAUUCAUAAGCGAAAACUCGACUAAUUCCCAGCAGCUGAGUUGGCCAAAUGCGGCCGAAGCCUGGAGCUUGGCGGCUAUGAAGGCGGUGCCAAAGGCAGGCCAUUUUUUAGCUUCACCAACAACCACAAUAACAAGCACCACUAGAACGCCACCAAAUGGCACAGAGGUGGCCAAUGAGAUUGAGUGGCAACAGCAGCAUGGUCUACUGGCUGGACAGGGGGAGGGGGAGGGAAAGGGGGCAAAUCAAACCGAUUUGCUAAAUGAGAAGAAUUUGGUAGAUUGGCAGCACAUCAUGAUGCAUGGUGCGUUAGAGAAUCGAACAGAGUUUGUGUUCAGCAGCACGGCGGAUGCCACUGAGGGCACAACGCAGGCGGCAACAGCUGCCACCAAAUUGUCUGCAACAACAACCACAACCACUGCUAGUCAAACAGCUGAUAGACACGAUGAUAAAACGAAUGCACCCAAUGACGUUAAAGAUGCAAUUGAAACGACAACAACAACGCCAACACUAACACCAACAAUUACGAUAAAGGCAGAUGCUACAACACAAACAACAGCACCAACAAUUCAAACAACCACCACCCCCACCACUACCCCCGCAAAUGAAUUGGACAGCAAUAUGGCAAUGAAAGCGCAUGAAAUAAAUGAAAAUGCUGAUAAAACCAACAACACUAGCAGCAACAAUUACGAUGGCAACGAACGUAGCAACCAACAGAGAGAAGACGACGUCAUCGCCAUCGUCUCAAGCUCAGCAAUAACAGCGACGACAACAACAACAACAACGACACCAUCGUCACUCUCCGAGCGAACUUCCAGUGCGCCACCAAUAACAGUUACGGUUAGUACGCAAGCAGCUGGCGAAGCGAGCACGUCAAACGCGGAGAAGCAACAAACAUCGACGACGCCAACAGCAACAGCAACAACAACAAGUGCGACUACAUCGACGACUGUAAAAAGUUUGCCUAUAAAGGCAGAAGAAGAACAAACAACAGAUACUAUUGCAAUUGCAACAACAACAGCGAGUACAACAACAACUCAAACGCCAACACAAACGGAAAUUGGCCAAAUUAGCAAUGAAGUGAAUUUAGAAACAAUUACGCUGAAAAGUGUACAAAUUAAGGCAGAAGAAGCAGCGGCGACAACGACGACGACAACGUCGAGUGACGUGAACGAGUUAUUAAUAACAAACACAACGGCAGCAACAACGACAACAACAGCAACGUAUACCACUACAGAAGCCACAACAGCUGGCAAAGCCAAUAACAGUGCAACAGUGGAAAAUAUAACUGAGGAAAGCAGCACAAGCCCAGCAACUACAACUACCACCACAACAACAACAACAGCAGUACUAACAACAACAACAACAACAACUCCGCCUACGCCUACAUUAUUUGCCGACCUAAAGGAAACUCACAAAACUGGCGAACAGGAAAGUUCGCUCGAAACAAAUAAAAUAACUGAAACAGUAGAAGCAACAGCUGAGAGCAAACCAACGACAACAACACCGGCAACAGCAACAACAGUUGCAGGCACAACAGCCGAAGCAACAGCAACAACUGAGCAGCUGGCUAAAAGUGACAUUUAUGUAGUUGAGGGGGGAACAGAGCAACCAAACGCACUUGGUGAAUCGGAUGAGGGCACAGCAACAACAACACAUACAACGACAACAGCAAGAGCAGCAACUAAGGCAACAUUGGUGGCAGGUGGCUCGAAAGGUGAAACCAACGAACAAUACGAAGAUAAUGAUGAUGCAGAUGACGAUGUUGCCCAUGUCGAUGAAAAUAAUGAUGAUGAGCAACAGUUGCUGAGCAAAAAAACAACAAUGGCAACUUUGUCAACGACAAAUGCAACACCACCAACAACAACUACCACCACCACGCCAGAGGGACCAUUGAUAAGUCUGCUGGAUGAUAGUACCACCAGCACCACCACAACCACCACAACUACCAAAACAACAAUACCUACAACCACAAGUAGAACCACCACAGAGCAAAUCCCAACAAUAACAGCGGCAACAAGAACCACAACAAUACGCAACAACAGCAACAACUCUACCGAUAUCUACAAGAUGUUGCCAGUGGAAACGACAACGCCCAACACCAAUGGCUUGCUGGUCAAGCCCACUAACUACAACAGUAACAACAACAGCAUCAACCCAGACUUGGAGACUCUGCAGCAGCCGAAUUCCACAAAUGCACAUGGCGAAACAGACGUGAAUGUCAUAAUAGCCAUUACGGUUAGUGUGAUAGGAGUAGUGGCUCUAAUCCUGCUUGUCGCCUUCCUUUACCUCAUGCGCAAGCGACAGAAGCAAAUGUCUUAUGGCCAACGCUGUCGUCCAGUCAGCCUGGAUGACUAUUCGCUGGACAACGUAUCGGUUUUGGGGAGUGUGCGACGCAAAGGACGAGAUUUGCGAGCAUCCAAACGGACGUAUGGCAAUGCAGCCUUCGACGAUCCCUCGCUGCGCCAUAAUGUGCUCAGCGCCACCGAGCUGGGAAAGUUUGUGGAGCGACGUUCGAGCAUUUUUGAGGAAUUCCGGGAUGUGCCGCAGAUAAUAGCCCGUGCUGAUGAGGUUCCAACUGGCUGCGAGGACAAAAAUAGAUAUGCCAAUGUAAUUCCGCUUCCUGAGACUCGAGUUGUGCUCCAACGUCAGGGCGAUGACGAAAAAACGGAAUACAUUAAUGCCAAUUACGUGCGGGGCCCUAACGAUGCUCCCAACUAUUACAUAGCCUGUCAAGCACCUUUGGAGAGCACUAUUAGCGACUUUUGGCGCAUGAUCUGGGAGCAGCAGUCGCGCGUUAUUAUACAAGCCAGUGAUCUUGUUGAGAACGGUGUUGAACGUUGCGCCGAAUAUUUGCCCCCAUCGGCCACAUUGGACAAUCACAGCACCUAUGGCGACUUUCAGGUGACGCUGAAGAAUCGCGAGGUGAAGGAUAAGUAUGCGAUCUCUACGUUAAUGCUCAAGCGUUCUGAUGGUAAUGAGAGUCGUGAAUUGACCCACUACUGGUACAAAUGGCCAGAAACGGGUGUACCUGCCGAGGAAGCGCCCAUAAUUGCCAUGUUGCUGGAGGCACGAUCCUCGCUCAAGUCCUAUGCCAUUGAACAGGCUAACGAGCUGAAAGAGAAGUCGUCCACAUUGACGCUUAAAUCAAUGGAGUCCUCUGUCGAUGCAGACACAAAGAAGAUGGAGGCGUCUAGCACUUCGAGUGGUGGGAGUGGCAGUGGCAGCAAUGAAAUCAACGGCAAUUUGGGCUCCAGGGGCGCUCGAAAUCAACAGGGUCCGCUAACUGUUCACUGUUCCCCAGGUACCGGACGCACCGGAACGAUUAUUGGGUGUGACUUGGCCAUUCGCAGUUUGGAGACGCCCAAACAGGUUGAUAUACCGCAGCUUGUCUACUAUGUGCGUCGUGGGCGUGCCAGUGCAGUGCAGACCAAGGAGCAAUACGAAUUUAUCUAUAAGGUGGCCAACAUGUACGCGACCAAAAUCACAAAUCUGUCGAAUGAUAACUGAGCAGCGCUACUCAGCAGUGUACAGCUGAGAACACAAGUCCUUAGACAUAUUCAUAUUAGAGUCAUAGACAGUAUUUUGUAUCUAAUUAUAUAGCAAAGUAUCUUAGCUUAAGUACCCUGUAUGUAUGUAUUGAAUUGCACGACAACGUAUGCAGCGAUUCUUUUGAAUAACUACUACACCUGAAAGUUUUUUGUGCUUUAAUCUUCAUUAAAAAUGUAUUCCUUUUUAAUUGUGAUAUAAUUGUACAUUUGUAUAUCUCUGUAUAAUCUGUUGCAUAUUUAUUAUUAUUCGAGCAUGUUUAGUUUUGAGCUUGGCAACUGCGCGUAGAGUUAUUUGCGUUCCUUAUUGCAUAAGCUUAAUUAAUUUGUGUAUAUAUUUUUUAUUUUAAUUCUAAAAAUUUGAAUACAACGUGCAUAGUAAAAUAAAUCGCUUACGUGUAUUUUGAAUGAGCUUUAAUAUACAUUUAUAAAUAUCAAAUAUUCUCUGUAUUGUACUCAUUUGCUUAAAAUAUAUAGAAUAUGAUACAAAUAAAGAAAAAUACAAAAAGAAA